AUAUGGAUUGCCAGCAUCCCAAGUGGUGACUUAACCCAAUACAUUCCCAUGUCUGCCCCUCAAUAUACUCUUUUAACUAUAAUGUGGUCACUCUUUGAAAAUCUCUUAAUCAGUACUGCUUUUCAGUAUUUUUCAGCCUCCAUUAAAGCAGCCUUAUUUUAAAUGUAAUUAAGAUGUCCCAGUCUUGUUUUUAUUUUUAUGCUCAACACAGAUUUUCUUACAUGUCAAUAUUUCAUUCACACAUAAUUAUAUGGUUAACAAAACAACUAAAACACCAGGCUGGGUUAAUGACAUUAUCUGCAAAAUUAUAAUUCUGUUUUCAGUGCAGCAAAGUUACAGAUUUUAGUUUGAGCAAAAUGCUCUUUCUUAAUAACUGGGCCUUUUGACUUACUCUACUUUUUAUCUUUGUUGGAGACUGGACCUCCCUUGUCUUUCCUUACAUCAAAAUUCUACUUAUAUUUUCAUAUUCUAAGAUCUUCUGUCUGUGAGUCUAUACUAAAGUGAUACCACUACCACUUUCAAAACUAUAGUUUUGAAAAAAUAAUUUCCAAAUUUUGAGCUGUGACAACCGGAGUUUGCUGGGUAUUUUUUAGUGGGUCCCUUUUAAAGAUACUGAAAAUAAUUGCCCACAUUUUCAUUAGACAGCUAAACAUCUUAUGUUUAGAUGUUUAGGGUGGUUAAUGGGUAGGGAGCAAAUGGCUCAUGGCAUAAAGAGGAGACACAAGAACAGACUACAAUGAGCCUUUUGUUAAUAUCAAAUAGAAAGCGAACUUGAAGGUUUUUUUAUUUGCUUCUCUUGGGGCUUUUUUGGAUUAAGAGCUUUAAAGUUGAAAAGUAAUGAAACAGAUAGGACUAGAUACUAAGUACAAACGUACACACAAAUCCAGGCACAAGAUUAAUAAAGGAAUAAAAACUAGAAUAAUUCAUUUAGAACUGACCAGUACAGCCAUCAUUGGUGACUUAGGAAUUACCUAGGUUUUUGUUAAUUUAACCUGUCCUUGUCUCCAGUUAUUAAGGUUGAAAUCAGCAAUGGACAGUGAAGAAUGUCAACAGAAGGGGGACACAAGGGGGGACACAAGGGCCAGGAAUGGGCAGGAGGAGAAAAGAUGGAGAAGGGAGGGAGUCAGAUCAAGAGGUAGGAAUGGCAACAGAAGAGUAGAAAAGGAGAAGGGGAAAAAGGAUAUGGGUGUAAAUCAUUAAAUUAAUGUCAGGUGUCAUUAACUCCAAUGGUCAGAUAUGCUUAAUUAGCACUGAAACUGAAUAUUUAAAGAAUUAAGUUUAACCACAGAAGGAAAAAGGUGGCCAAGAAGUAAAUUUUUAAAUAAACUUUUAAAUGACUUCUUAAAUUUAAAAUCAAAGCCAACAAUACACAGUUUUUAAGUUUUUUUUAACACAAUGAUAAUAAAUACUUGCUAUUAGUUGAAGCACUGUUCUGAGUGCUUUUAGUAUAUAUUGGUUCAUUCAGUCCUCACUACAACUUGAUUAGCAAGUACUGUUUCUCCCAUUUUACAGAUACAGAAACUGACACAGAGAGAAUAAAUAAUUUGCCUAGACUAGUCAGAUAACAAAGCCAGGAUUCCAUGAGACAGUCUGAUUCCUGUAUUAUAGCUGGCUUCAUCAUCUCUACCGCCCCCUCUCCAUGAUUUGUGUGGUGUAUCUGUAGAAAUGUGUCUUAUUUCAAGAAUAGUUGAAAAAGUUUUGCAUCUAUUACAGUAACAAACUCUGGACACCAUUUAAAAAUCAACUUCCCUUCAUUUUCUUUGUAAUUUGAGAAAGUUUAUAAACUUAAGUAUCAACAGUGAUCUGAUUAAGAAACUGCGUGAUUCCUUUCCAUAGUAAACUACCAAUUUAUAAUUGGUCACUCAAACCAAACUGUUCUCCAUUAAUGGUGAUAGGAAUUCUUGGGGUUUAAACCAAGUUCACAUGUGAAUAGUUGUUACUUUUUUUUUUUUUGCUUAAAGAUUAUUUACUUAUUUGAAAGGCAGAGUUACAUGAAGAGAGAAGGAGAGGCAGAGAGAGGUCUUCCAUCCGCUGGUUCACUCCCCAGUUGGCCGCAAUGGCCGGAGCUGCGCCGAUCCAAAGCCAGGAGCCAGGAGCUUCCUCCAGGUCUCCCACGUGGGUGCAGGGGCCCAAGGACUUGGGCCAUCCUCCACUGCUUUCCCAAGCCAUAGCAGAGAGCUGGAUCGGAAGUGGAGCAGCUGGGACUCGAACUGGCGCCCAUAUGGGAUGUUGGCACUGCAGGCGGCUGCUUAACCUGUUACGCCACAGUGGUGGCCCCUGUUGUUACUUUCAAAGGUAUACUCACCUUUAAAAUCCACAGGACAACUAGCAGUAUUUCUGCUGUCCAGAACAUUGAAAAUUCUUUCAAGCUACAUAACAAAAUCAGUUUUCCAUACAAAAAUCAGUAAUGCCUAGUUUUAUCACCUUGCUUAUUCAUCCUUAAAAUUAAAACCUCACAUGGAUAUUCAUGAAGUAAUUGUCUAAACAGGUGUUUUGUUUUGUUUUGUUUUUACAGCCCUGAUGGAGUAAAAUGUGUGCAGGCUGUAGAGGAGGAAAUGUGAAUGGAGUUAGUGGAUUUCGCCAGGAACUUUGGAAGAGUGUUGAGUAUUAGUAUUCCACUAGAGGAGGAUGAGAAUUGAGUCCUGUUAGAGGGAAUAAAAAGACUUCUGUGGGGAGUGUGGGGAAAUAAACCAGGAGUCUACCCUGAAGACCAAUACUUUGGCUCCCUGGAUGCUUUUAUAUUUGUAGAAUUCUAGAAUCCUCAGAACUCAUUCUUUGUUCUCUUUGAGACUCUUCUAAGGAGAAGACCUGUGCAGGUUGAAAGUGUUUCUAGGUACCAAGUUGCCGCUAGUACUGAGAAGUGUGAAGAGGGAAUUGCCUUUCAGUGAACUAAGAAGUUCUGGAUCAUCUAUAAUAUCACCUACUGCAUUAUUUUUGGCUGCAAAAGUGGAAGAACAGGCUCGAAAACUUGAACAUGUUAUCAAAGUAGCACAUGCUUGUCUUCAUCCCCUAGAGCCACUGCUGGAUACUAAAUGUGAUGCUUACCUUCAACAGACACAAGAACUGGUUUUACUUGAAACCAUAAUGCUACAAACACUAGGUUUUGAGAUCACCAUUGAACACCCACACACAGAUGUGGUGAAAUGUACCCAGUUAGUAAGAGCAAGCAAGGAUUUGGCACAGACAUCCUAUUUCAUGGCUACCAACAGUCUGCAUCUUACUACCUUCUGUCUUCAGUACAAACCAACAGUGAUAGCAUGUGUGUGCAUUCAUUUGGCUUGCAAAUGGUCCAAUUGGGAGAUUCCAGUGUCAACUGAUGGAAAGCAUUGGUGGGAAUAUGUGGAUCCUACUGUUACUUUAGAAUUACUAGAUGAGCUAACACAUGAGUUUCUACAAAUAUUGGAGAAAACGCCUAGUAGGUUGAAGAAGAUUCGAAACUGGAGGGCUAAUCAGGCGGCUAAGAAACCAAAAGUAGAUGGACAAGUAUCAGAGACACCACUUCUUGGUUCAUCUUUGGUCCAGAAUUCCAUUUUAGUAGAUAGUGUCACUGGUGUGCCUACCAACCCAAGUUUCCAGAAACCAUCUACAUCAGCAUUUCCUGCGCCAGUACCUCUAAAUUCAGGAAAUAUUUCUGUUCAAGACAGCCAUACAUCUGAUAAUUUGUCAGUGCUAGCAACAGGAAUGCCAGGUACCUCAUACAGUUUGUCAUCACACCAAGAAUGGCCUCAACAUCAAGAAUCAGCAAGGACCGAGCAGCUCUAUUCACAGAAGCAGGAGACAUCCUUGUCUGGUAGCCAAUACAACAUCAACUUCCAGCAGGGACCUUCUGUAUCACUGCAUUCAGGAUUACAUCACAGACCUGACAAAGUUUCUGAUCAUUCUGUUAAGCAAGAAUAUUCUCAUAAAACAGGGAGCAGUAAACACCAUGGGCCAAUUUCUGCUACUCCUGGAAUAAUUCCUCAGAAAAUGUCUUUAGAUAAAUACAGAGAAAAACGUAAGCUAGAAACUCUUGAUCUUGAUGUAAGGGAUCAUUAUAUAGCUUCCCAGGUAGAACAGCAACACAAACAUGGACAGUCACAGGCAGCCAGCAGCAGUUCUGUAACAUCUCCCAUUAAAAUGAAAAUUCCCAUCACAAAUACUGAGAAACCUGAGAAAUACAUGGCAGAUAAAAAGGAGAAGAGUGGCUCGCUGAAAUUACGGAUUCCAAUACCGCCCACUGACAAAGGUGCCAGCAAAGAAGAGCUGAAGAUGAAGAUAAAAGUCUCGUCCUCAGAAAGACACAGCUCUUCUGAUGAAGGCAGUGGGAAAAGCAAGCAUUCAAGCCCGCAUGUUAGCAGAGACCAUAAGGAGAAGCACAAGGAGCACCCUUCCAACCGCCACCACACCAGCAGUCACAAGCAUUCCCAUUCACAUAGUGGCAGCAGCAGCAGCGGUGGCAGUAAACACAGUGCUGAUGGGAUCCCACCCACUGUUCUGAGGAGUCCUGUUGGCCUGAGCAGUGAUGGCAUUUCUUCUAGUUCCAGUUCUUCAAGGAAGAAGCUGCAUGUCAACGAUGCAUCUCACAACCAUCACUCCAAAAUGAGCAAAAGUUCCAAAAGUUCAGGUAGUUCAUCUAGUUCUUCCUCCUCUGUUAAGCAGUAUAUAUCCUCUCACAACUCUGUUUUUAACCAUCCCUUACCCCCUCCUCCCCCUGUCACAUACCAGGUGGGCUACGGACAUCUCAGCACGCUCGUGAAACUGGACAAGAAGCCAGUGGAGACCAACGGUCCUGAUGGCAAUCAUGAGUACAGUACAAGCAGCCAGCAUAUGGACUACAAAGACACAUUCGACAUGCUGGACUCGCUGCUCAGUGCCCAAGGAAUGAACAUGUAAUCACUUGUUUAGGUCACUUUUUUCUUUACUUUUUUUUAAUUUAAAAAUUGUUGGAAUGGAAAACUUCCUCCUGAUCUAGCAGUGGUAACACCUGCUGUUGCUGCCACUGCUUCAAUAUUUGUAAGUGCUGCUUUAUUCUUCAUUCUGAAAAGAAGAGAUUAUAGUAAACAAGUUUUUAUCUCCACAUAUGAUAGUGUUAUAAAUACUGCAAAAGCAUGGAAGGUGCAAAACUCAAUAUUUCUACAAUUGCAGCUGAGAACAUUAGGAUGAAUGGCUGGCUGCUUCUAGGAAUAUAAGCUGCCUCAAGCAUUGGUUAUUUAUAAUUUGAAUACUGUAGCUAUUUUUUGUUGUUGCUUGGCUUUUGAAUGAGUGUAAAUUGUUUUCUUUUGUAUAUUUAUAUUUGUAUGUAUGAUUUGCAUGUUUCAUUGAUAAAGGGAUAAAACAGUAUACUGACAACUGUUUACAAGAAAGUGGAGAAAAAUGUACAUACAUUUUUGUAUGUUUAGAUAUUACCAUAAAUACUCAGGAUUGGAGCUGCUUGUAAGUAUAACAAUAUACAGAAUAACUUUAUUUUCUCUUGUCAGAGUCCAUCACUAAUCUAAAACAGAAGUGGCACUUUUUCAUGUUAACCUUAAACUCUAGGCCUUACCGAAGGGGGACACUUCACUACCAGAUGGGUGUACAGUGCCACACAUGGUAUGGUCAUUUACACUGUGAGGCAUGGAACUUUUGCCUUCAGCGGUUCUGACCAGAUAGGCUACUGAAAUAGCCCCUAGUUUUCUGAAGGCUUGAAGAGGAAAAAAAGUUUACAUACUCUUGAUGUGAAGUGCAUUUAAAUGUUUGUUGGCUUGUUGCAGUGCUAUAAAACAGAGCUGUUAAUAAUGGUUGUGUGGAUUACUGUGAUUUGAAAACUAAAUUCACAAAGACUUAUUUACAUAGUGAAGAGUUAGUUUUUUUCUUAAAGAACUUUAACACUACAUAUUUUAUUACCAGUAAACAGGGAUCACUUUUCUUUUAGCAUUCAGAAUGUCACCAUAUUCUUAAAUAUAUUCCUCCCCUGAUGCGUGUUUGUGUGUGAUGCCAUAUUUCUUUUUCAGGUAAAUGCAGUCUUCCUUACAAAAAUGAAAUUAUACCUAUGCUCUCUCAAUUCUUUUAUAUUCUAACAAUAAAUAAAAAGGAAAGAUCACUGUGCAUUGUACCUGUAUUUGUAGCUUAUGGUUGUUAUCAGGAAGCUCUGUAAAAACUGGUCAGCCUCCAGACAAAGCCACUAGUGGAGGUUUUACAUUUGUUUGCACAUCUCAGAAUAUUCCUGUUGACAUCAAGUUUGCACAGUCAUCUGACUUCUGAUAAAGCUAUAGACUUGUUUGAAUUUGACUUAAGCAAACCAGUAAUACAGCUCUUGCUUAUCAGUUAAUCUUGACUUUAUUCUCUGGUAAAUCUUGGAGCUGUUGAGUAUCUUUGGGAUGGGUUGGAUUCAAGUUCUGUUGAACUUAAAAACUGUCUUAUUUUUUCCUCUGUGUAUAUGAAUUAUUUUUUUGUUACAAAGCCACUGAUAACGUGCACAGUUGUAAUUUUACUCAAGUGUGUUGUGGUUGUAAAUAUUGAGAGUUUGAUCUUGUGCUUUACUUUUAUUUAGUAAUUACCUAAUUUGCCAGUAGCUUUAUUACUUUUUUUAAGAGAAUUGUUCAUUGUUUUGUCAAUGUUAUUUGAACUUGGGAUACUAGGAGCUCUUUCUAGGGCCUUUGCCUAGCUAGCAUGUCCUAACGUUUGUUCUUGUCUUGCAUAACUUGAGUAUUCUCUGUCAUUAUAUGUAACUUUAUUGCUCUGUAUGGCAUAAUCUUGUAUCCACAAACAUGGUAAUUUUGAUGCAGUUCUUUUACAGUGGUACAUAAUCCAAGGACUAGUGUAGAAUUAAGCUGAGUACAAGAUGAGGGGGGGAAGGGGUUUGUUCUUGGUAAUUUAGAUGUGAAACCUCUACAGAGCUAUCAUGUGAAAUGACAUUAGGGCAGUUGUGCUACUGUAUAAUUGGGGGUAAUACCAGGAAUUUUAAUAAGAUUUUGUAAAGAAUAUCCAGAAAAGUAGUGAACUUAUUUUCAGUAUGACAUAGAAAACAAUGUGAAUAUUUAAGGUCUGUGACUAUAGUUAAACUUCACUAAGAAUUUGCAGAAUUGUUUUUUGAGAUGUGGGAAUAAAGGUAAUUUUGUUGAAUCUUUAUUGGUGCUAAUGAUGGACAGUUAAAAAGGUAGCUAGUGUAUAUUGUUAUGGGUCAGUACUUAUUAGUACUUCCAAAAUGAAUUUGAAAUGCUAUGUAUUCACUUUUCACUCUGUAAAUGUAAUUCUUUACAAUUACUUUAUUUAUUAAAGGGCAGCCAGUUCUAAUUUUUA